UAAAAGUUAAAUUAGAAUUUUAACUAAUUUAAUAAAAUAUAUAUAUAUAUAUAUUUGAAAUUUUAAUAUAAAAUAAUAAAAUUUUGGCGAUAGGCUCCAUUUUCCGCCAUUAACGAUUGGAAUGGGAAGCAAAUCUCUUCCUGUGCUCAAAGGAGCUUCAUCAUUUUCAUCGUUAAAGCGCCGAAUCUUCAUCUCUAGCGGCUUGCAUUUGCCAUCUGUUUCUAACAUCAGAAUUCGAAAAUGUUUGACUGCUUCAGGCAUUAUGGCCUCUCUUCAACCUCCCGAUGUCCUCCGUUUAGCUGAAACAGCUCGAAUUUCUCUCACUCCCGGUGAGGUUGAAGAAUUGGCGCCUAAAAUUGGACAAGUUGUUGACUGGUUUGGGCAGCUCCAGACAGUUGAUCUUCAAAGUAUGGAACCUUUCAUUAGAGCAGAUAGUGGAGGUGGCAAUCAGCGGAAUGACGCUCCUGAAACAUUUGAAAACAGAGAGGCCAUGAUUCGCGCAGUUCCAGCCUUCGAUGAGCCGUAUAUCAAAGUUCCUAAAGUUCUCAAUAAGGAGUAGUUGCUAAGGUUAGCUCAUUCAUUAAUGCCAUGUUCUUCAACAUCUUAUGGAUUAGUUUUUCUAUAGGUUACUAAAUGAUAUUUGAAUUACAAUUCGAAUUAGUCAUCCAUUAAUCUCAAUCUUAGUUCAAUUCGU